AGAACCUGCCCGGAUCUCAACGUCCUCUCCACCUCGUCCCUGCUGCAACCAAACACCAGUCUCAGGAUGUCGUAUCUUCUCAAAUGCACCAGGAGCUCUGCCAGAAACUGUCCACCUUUGUCGUAGCUCAUGGCUUUGGACUUGAGUGUCUCCUUCAAACAAGUCGCUGUAUUGUUUGUCUCCGAGGUUCCACACAAGUAGAACACCGUCUUGCGUUCGUCGCUACCGAGAGCCUCCGAUAUUUCAUGAAUUGUCUGAAGCAUUUGCUUAUCUGGGACAGCCAUUCGCGCAGCCAUUCUUAUGCUUGUUGUAGCAUAGGAGUUUCCAUUAGCUAUCAUGGAAACGAAAACAGAUCAUCGUGAUGGCUUUUAAGUGCUGUAAAGUGAACAUAAAGUAAUCUUAUAAGUGAGCUAAACUUGCCUUGUGACGCUACUAAUGUCGGCAUAUACUGAAACUUCCGUGAAACUUCCCAUCGUGUUGGAAAUUACGUAAUUGUCUGUGAAUAGUUAUAAAAGUGAAAGCUAAAAGCUGGUACUUCAUGGAAGGGGACGGGAGCUUUCAACUCAUAGUACUAGUACUAGCAUAGUACGUUGAUUUACGUGUUAACUGAUAACAUGUUAGCUAGACGACAUUUUAAUGUCCGACAUACAACUCUAUAAUUCAUUAAAAAAACUAUAUAAAGGGCUAAAAGGCACGACUACUAUUAUACUAAAAUAACACCUGUGCUCAAAUUACUUUGUAUCGGAUAUUGUAAUAUCGCAGACGUUUCUCAACCAGCUUUAUAGUAGAGUUUUUUUAAUUACCAUUUAUUAGCAUCCAUUGCCUUUCUGCUACUUUGAACUGCGUCGUGAUCGCUGUGUCAUGUGCUGUCCGAUGUUCAUGAACGCAUCUCGUUCCUCCCCCUUGCCCGACCAAAGCGCGAGGACUUCCGCUCUGCUCAGCCAAUCGGGUGGCGUGGUGCUUCAUCAACCAUUGCAGUGCAUACGGAGGCGCUCCUCGCUGUCUGUCACAGGCAUCGGCGUUGCUCGACCCGGGUGACCGCCUUCACCAAACACCAUCUUCCCCCCUCCUCUCGCCGCACUUCCACCGUGGCUAUAAGCUUCACUUAAGGUGACCAUCAACAAUGUGUGACGCUGUCCAAACCCAUUCGCCUCUCCCUCUGGAGGCCUGAGUUGUGGGACACUGAGGCAGCCGAGGAGUGUCUCUGAGGAAGAUGCUGGGUUUCGAGCGCAGUGUCGUCGAAGAAUGGCUCUCAGAAUUCAAGUCCUUACCAGAAACCCACAUCUCAAGUUAUGCAGACAGCCUCCAUCUGAAGAAGUCCUUGGUACCAGCAUUGUACAGUGUGAUCCAGGAGCCAAGCAACGAGCUGUUGGAGCCCGUGUGCCACCAGCUGUUCGAGCUGUACCGCAGCUCGGAGGACCGCCUGCGACGCUUCACCCUGCAGUUUCUGCCUGAGCUGGUGUGGGUGUAUCUGCGAGUCACGGCCAGCAGAGAUCGGCAGAGCAAUGGCUGCAUCGAGGCACUCCUCCUGGGCAUCUAUAACCUGGAGAUUGUGGACAAAGACGGCAAUGGCAAGCUCCUCUCUUUCACCAUCCCUUCAUUAUCCAAACCAUCCAUUUACCACGAGCCUUCGAGCCUCGGCUCCAUGGCAUUGACAGAGGGAGCUCUGUGUCAACAUGACCUGAUCCGAGUGGUAUACAGCGGCCUCCAUCCUCAGAGAGAGACCUUCACAGCUCAGAACAGGUUUGAGGUGCUGUGUUUCCUCAUGCUGUGCUACAACGCGGCUGUGGUCUACAUGCCGCUGUCCUCCUACCAGUCAGCCUGCAGAAUGAGCUCACGGUUGUGCGUAUGUGGCUUCCCCCGGCAGCAGCAGAAGCUCUGGAGGGAACCUUGUAACCGCGUGCUCUUGGACCCUGAGUUCAUGGUGCAAAUGCUGACUGCUGUGUAUCACGCCAUAUACAAUGGCGAGUGGGACAUGGGGCGGGAGGCUCUGGAAGACAUUCUGUAUCGAGCCCAGCUAGAACUCUACUCCCAGCCUCUCCUGUUGGGGAACGCCAUGAAGAACUCGCUGCCAGACAGCGCUCCCAACGAGCCGCAGGGCCGUAAAGUGCUGCAGGUGGAGGUGACGCCGACCAUUAGCCGCAUCUCCAUAUCGGCCAUCACGACCGCUUCCAUUCGACGCCACCGCUGGAAGAGAGAAGAUUGUUUUGACUACUCGAAUGAUGCCGACUUGAGCCUCACCGUCACUCGUCCUAACCGCCAAACCCCAACAGCGAAAGAGCAGAGAGAAGGCGGACCUCGCAGUCACCAUCAUCAUCAUCAUCACCACAACAACAACAGCAGCAGCAGCAGCAUCAGCAUCAUUCCCCCCAUCACACUUGAGGAUGCCGAUGGAAUGAGCGGCGGCGAGGAUUCUUUCAACGUGAACGAACCGGAUGAGGGCUUCUCCUCCGGGGCGUCCAACAGCAGCCAGCCCAGCGGGACCAGAGCGGGCGGCGGCGGGGGCCCGAGGGCCGGCAGCCUGAGCAGCAGCAGCGGCGGCAGCAACAUCAAGAAAGCCAUCACAGCUCGACUGUCCCGGGAGAAGGACCGAGACAGACCCGAGUCUCAGAACGUGUCAGCCGGGGCGACUCGGCAGAGGAAACCGUCCCCGCCGGCCAGCAUCGAACUGGACGCAAUUCAACUGAGUCCCAUCAAGAAGCACCUGAGUUUCCCGGCGGGACCCCCUCUGGUACGGACCGGCAGCACCUCCUCCAGCAAGUCUUUCGACUGCAUGACCUUCAGCCUGAACGGGGGCAGAGAGGACCAAGAGGGCGGCGCAGGAGGCUCAGACCGGGAACGGGGGCGUCCUGCAGGUUCUCACCGCCACUCCACCAUCAGCUUGCAGGAGGCCCACCUGCUCAGGCCGGAGGAGGCCCAAGACCUGCUGUCCCCGGGAGCCCCCCUCACCAAGCAGUCCCGAUCCCCCAGCUUCAACAUGCAGAUCAUAUCGCAGGUUUAAGACUUGCCGCCAUUUUGGGUGUCACUCAACUUAGCAUCUUUGUUCCAAAAUCAGUACAAAAUGGCCGCCGCAGGUCCAAAUCCCGUUUCUGAAGCACCCAUCACAUCCCUCACUUGAGCAUUCCAGGCUCCUUAAACACAGGAACGUCCUCACGGAUGCUAGGCUAGGUCGUCGUGGUUCCAUGACAUUUCACCCGCGGUUUGAUUCCCUGACUUGAAUCAGUCGUCUCAGCAAUAACGCUCACGCGGAAAAGCGUUCUUGCUCUUCAUUUCCCUCCUUUAUCUCCCC